AUUAUUCAAUGUGCGGGAACAAAAACUGUCACAUGACCACAAAUGCGAACGACCACGGCUAUUUUUCGGAUAAAACGUCAAUCGAAGUAUUUUAACAAGAUGCGACGAAAAACAAAGCUUAACUUACAUAGAGUCAAAUCCAGAAGAUCGAAAUGUGGUUAUGCUGACAUGACGCGAGAACUGCUUCAACUUGUCGCGAUAGAUGAUGUAAACGCUCGGAAAACUUUGUUGCCACAAAAGAAAUUCAUCAACACCAAGAUCUCGAACAAAUCAGCACACCUAUGCAUGACGCCUUCGCGAACCAACAAACGCAAACUGACACCGUUGAAAUCUCCUAUUAAGACUCCUUUCAAAUCUCCCAUUUACAAAGCAAGAGCAAUCGACCAUUUAUAUACCGUACGGGACGAUCGCAUAAAUAUCAUCUGCUGGAGAAGUCUAAGGAUUUAUCAUCAGAGUGUGACCAGAACUGUGCGGCAUGCGUCUCUAGAUUCAGAGCAGUCGUUACUGAUAUUACGAUCAAAGACCAUUUCUUUGAUCAUCGAAAAGGGAGUAAGAAGAAAGGCGGGACCGUUGAUAUGGACAGAAACUCUAUACAAAAAGGCGCCCUUGGUGUUAGGUGGGAAAAAGCUAGAAGAAAUGAUUCCAAAAUGCUGGUUACUUCUAAAAUGGGCUUAACAGACGUCAUCUAACUUUCAUUGUGUUUUGUGUACUAUAUUAAAACAGCAAAACGAUGAAUUCGAAUGUAAAUAAUAUAGAUUAUAUACCAGCAACAUGUAAUGACAUAUUCAUUUAAAGGUAAAUAUAUGUACUUAUGCGAACAUUUACCAACUGAAUGUGCAUGUGU